GCUAGCGCGAGGCUGUAUACAGCGCUUAAGAGUGCGGCGAGGCUCAGAGAUAGCAUACAGGCAAACAAUACAGAAAACACAAUCAAAAUGGCAAAGGGAGACCCCAAGAAGCCCAAAGGCAAGAUGUCUGCCUAUGCUUACUUUGUGCAAACUUGCCGCGAGGAGCACAAGAAGAAAAGCCCUGAUGUUCCUGUAAACUUUUCAGAGUUCUCCAAGAAGUGUUCUGUGAGAUGGAAGACCAUGUCUGGCACUGAGAAGUCUAAGUUUGAGGACCUGGCAAAACAAGAUAAGACACGGUACGAUAAUGAGAUGAGAGACUAUCAGCCAGGAGGAAAGGGUGGCAAGAGAAAGAAGGACCCCAACGCACCCAAGAGACCACCAUCUGGUUUCUUCCUCUUUUGCUCAGAGCAACGUCCUAAAAUCAAAGUUACCAACCCAGGCCUCACUAUUGGUGAUGUGGCCAAGAAGCUUGGUGAGAUGUGGAACAACCUGACUGAAGCCACAAAAAGGCCCUAUGUGAUAAAGGCAGGCAAGCUAAAGGAAAAAUAUGAGAAGGACGUUGCAGAGUACAAGUCCAAAGGAAAGGUUGACUCUGCAAAGCCGGCUGCAAAGGCAGCCCCCAAGAAGAGAGUAGAGGAGGAGGAGGAUGAGGAUGAUGAGGAGGAGGAUGAAGAGGAAGAUGAAGAGGAGGAUGAUGAUGAAGAUGACGAAUAAUUUAAGCCACUUUUAUUUAAUUUCUUUUCAGCAUGAUUACUAUAGGGUAGGGAAAACACACAUUGCAAUGUUGGUCCCCUCUCCCCCAUCCUUUUGUGGACUCAAUGCUGUCUAAGUUUUAAGCAGAUUUAGUUGCAGCAAAGUCUGUGACCAGUUUUGAAACUGGAAUAUUCAACUGCUUUGUACAUUAAGUUUAAAAAAAAAAAAAAAAAAAAUUUUAAUUCAGCUGUGUUUUGUAUAUGUCAACACUCAAUCUCAAGUGUUCUCCUUGCUCUAUGUAUUAUGUUGGUUGUGUAACAAAGCAUUUAAAUUUUUUUUUUUAAAUUGUAAGGUGGUGUAUAACUGGUUGAAAUGGUUAUUGACUUAGAUUAUCUUUGGUUUUAAAUUGUACAGAGAUCUAGUUUGUAAGAGACUUGUAUCAAUAUUGUGGUGCUUGCUUUAAGCUUUUGAGCUCCUUCACAGUGGCAAAGGAGCAACAAUAGCUUUUGGUGUGCACUAUAAGUGAAGCCAGUGUCUACACUACAUUGGGGGUAUCUCUUUAGCGUAAAAGUUGUCUUUCUGUAUAUAGCUAACAAGCAUUCUGCAGCAAUUCAGUACAGGAAGGGGUGCGAAAUAGCAUGAAAUAUUUAUGUGGAUGGGUGGUUUUUUUUUUUAAGUGCAGUUUUUAAACUGGUGUUUUUGUAGGAUAAUCCACUCUUUUCAAAGCUUGGGGUGCGUGCAACAGUCAAGUUACAAAUCCUGUACUGAAGCCUUUGCAUCUAAAGUAUAAUUUCAUUUUUGUAUGUUUAGAAUGUUAAGAUGUUUUUGAAGUUAAUAAAACAGUAUUACAAUUUUUAAA